AUGGUCCGCCAACAAAUAGCCCGCCAGGAAGAAAGCGGGAAGAGGGGUGUCUUUUCUGGCAAGGAGGGAAGGAAAUCCCCCUCAGAGGCGGAGAGCAGGAGAGUCGCCAGCGCAGCCUCCGGCCACCAGGGGCAGCUCCGUCCCGCCAAAAGCACCUCGGCCGAGCCGGUCGCAGACGCCGGGGGAGAACAAACAGAAAACGAAACGCUUUCCUCGCCGGUCGGAAGGCGGGCGCGGCGGCCAAGUAUGACCCCUCCGACUUUCCGUUUCUCUUUCCCGCCGCUUGCCUCCAGCCACCGAGCAGCUGCCUCAGGUAACAAGAGCGCGCCCGGCUGA